AUGAGCAGGUGGCUCUUCGGAAGCCGCAAGAGCGGCACCCAGCAGUCCGCCAGCGUUUACAAUGAUGUGAAGGCGGGUCUGCAAGCCAUGUACAAGAAGUACUUGUUGCCUCUUGAGUCGGAUUUCAAGUUUCAGCAGUUUUAUUCUCCCCUCCUCACCGACGGCGACUUCGCCGCGAAACCCAUGGUGAUGGUUUUGGGCCAGUACUCCACAGGAAAGACAACCUUUGUGCAACACUUGCUGGAGAGAGACUACCCGGGGCUUCGAAUUGGGCCUGAGCCAACGACGGACAAAUUCGUAGCAAUUAUGGAGGGGAGCACAGACCAGGUCAUACCAGGGAACACGGCGGUGGUGGACCCCACGAAGCCUUUUAGCCAGCUGUCGAACUUUGGAAAUAUAUUUCUGCAGCGGUUUGAGUGUUCUUUGUUGCCCUGCGUGGUUUUGAAUGGUUUGACCCUAAUCGACACCCCGGGGGUCUUGAGCGGCAACAAACAAACCUCCAGGGGUUAUGACUUUGAGGCAGUGGUCCAGUGGUUUGCGGAAAGAGUGGAUUUGAUUCUUUUAAUAUUUGACGCGCACAAGUUGGACAUUUCAGACGAGUUCAGAAGAUGCAUUAAUGCUUUGAGGGGCAACGACACUAAAAUCCGCAUUGUUCUGAACAAAGCAGACAUGGUUUCUUAUCAGCAGCUGAUGAGGGUUUACGGGGCUCUCAUGUGGUCGCUUGGCAAAGUAAUAUCGUCUCCUGAGGUGGCAAGAGUGUACAUUGGCUCCUUCUGGAACAACCCGUUGCAAAACGACGAAAAUAGGAGACUGUUCGAGGCGGAGGCCAAUGACCUCUACUCAGACAUUGCUCGGGUUCCCCGCGACGCGGCCAUUCGGAAGUUGAACGAUUUCAUAAAAAGAGCCAGACUAGCAAAAGUGCAUGCGCUGCUGCUGACUACCCUGCGCAACAAGUUGCCAAUGUUUGGCAAAGAGUCCAAAAAGAAGCAGCUAAUAAACCAGCUAGGCACCAUUUAUCAACAAGUUUCCCAAGAAUAUGGAGUCCCCAUAGGCGACUUCCCUCCGCUGGCGACAAUGCAGGAGAAAUUGGCUUCUUUUGAAUGGAGCAAAAUCCCCCGGCUAGAUAUGAAGCAGCUCGAAGGACUGGAUAAUAUAAUUAGGACACAAAUCCCGAAACUGAUGUCUCUGGUCCCCACUGACACGUGGGCCUCUGUGCCUCACACUGCAGCGGACGGCUCGCUGGUGGAAGGAAAAGUUUCUCCUUUUCUCGCACUUACACAAAGCAGCACAACUCCUUCUUGGGCCAUAGACAAAUAUCUCCAUCAACCAGUGGACGUAGAGCUCUACAGAGAGGACUUUGAACGGAUUGGGCCUGACUCUCUGGGACGCGUCGACGGCUCCCAGGCGAAGGUGGACUUGGUGAAAAGCAAAUUGCCGAGUGGCAUUUUGCACAGGGUUUGGAACUUAGCCGAUUUCACCAGAGACGGCUACCUGGACUUGUACGAAUAUGCCCUGGCGCGGCGCUUUAUAGAAAUGAAGCUGCAGGGCCUCGAGCUGCCGUCCUCUCUGCCCCCCAACUUGCUGCCAGCUAACUUCCAGCAGCAGCAGCAGCAGCAGCAGCAGCAGCCGCUGUCACAGACGUCAGCAGGCAGCAUCAGCAACCCACACGCAUUCAACUCCACCCCAUCGAGCGGCGGGGCUGCGCCGGGCAGCAGCUGGGCUCCCCAAACUUCAACAGGGCAAGGGUGUCCGGGUUCCCUGGGGGCCCCCGGCUCAGGGUCUCAGGUGACCCUGGGUGGGGGCCUCCUGGCGGGCCCCCAUGGGGACGACGCUGCCUCCUCAGGAGCUGUUUCUCACAGCGCCUCUGCAGAAAUAUCCUCGCAGAGUGCCUUUAUGUAG